AGCAUUAUUGGGACUGACCUUUGACCUAUAUUUUUGUAAACAUGGCUGACGUGAAAUCUCUUGAACACGGCACCCUCAAAGUGCCUUACGAGGUUCUUAACAAACGAUUUCGAGCUGCUCAGAAGGCAAUUGAUCGUGAAGUGUCCCGAGUGCAGAUGACAGGAAAUGAUCUUGAAAAGUGUCUACAGCGGCCUGUUACAGCAGGGGAGGUAACCUCUGUCCUCGGUACCAUGGUGGAAAAUCUGUCGAUGUUGAAAAGAAAGGCAGAUGAAAACAUUCAUACUGAAAUUGAGUCUACACGCAGCAUAAAGCGUCGUGUUGAUCAUCUUCAAGCAGUCAGUUCAUUCUGUGAACAGCAGCUUCCUUUAUGGCACAAGACACGACUGGAUCGCAUGCUAGUGGAAUACUGUCUCCGAGCAGGCUACUACAAUAUUGCUGUUAUGCUGGCAAAGCAUUCCAACAUUGAGGAUCUGACCAAUAUCGAACUGUUUAUGAUGUCAAGAGAGGUGGAAGAGUCACUGAAGCGCAGAGAGACUGGACCUUGCUUAUCCUGGUGUUAUGAGAACAAAUCCAAAUUACGCAAAUUCAAGAGUAACUUAGAAUUCAACAUACGAAAACAGGAGUUCAUUGAGUAUGUUCGCAACAACAACCGACUGGAGGCAGUCAGACAUGCUCGAAAGCAUUUUAGUGGUGUAGAAGGUGAUCAGAUGGCAGAAGUGCAGCUUGUGAUGGGACUUCUUGCAUUUUCACCUCACACAAAUAUUUUGCGAUAUAAGGGACUGUUUGCAGAUUCAAGGUGGGAUGAACUUGUAAAACAGUUCCGUGAAGAGAAUUUUCGUUUGCACCAGCUCAACAACACCUCUGUCUUUACAGCUGCUUUGCAGGCUGGUCUGUCUUCUUUGAAAACACCACAUUGCUACAAGGAUACAUGUCAACGAAAUAGUAACUGUCCUGUGUGUAGCCGACAUUUGAACGAACUGGCUCAGCCGCUGCCCUUUGCCCACUGUGCAAACUCUCGCCUCAUUUGCACCAUAACAGGGCAUUCUCUCAAUGAGCACAACCCUCCGAUGAUGCUGCCUAAUGGAUAUAUCUAUGGUCAAGCGGCUCUGCUACGCAUGGCUGCAGACAACGAUGGUCGUGUGGUAUGCCCAAGAACACGGGAAAUCUAUACUUUGGAUGAAGCUGAGAAAGUCUUUGUCAUGUAGGGUAAACUGUGACAAGGAAAGUGCUGAUUGAUGAGAUUUUGAUAUCUUAACUACUUUUUUGACUGCAUUGGAAACAAAAACAGUAAAAAGUGUAUCCAUUAAUACAAACCUACAAGCGUGCUUGAAUGCAUAUGCACACACACAGAUAUGCCACUUUACACAUGCACGUUCAUAUCUACAGUCAUUGGUGUGGAUUACAGGCCACAAAGAUGUGUUCCACAUCUGUCAUGCUCCAGCGACAAGUAUGUGCUUUGAAUGUGUAAACUGGAAAAUUGGAGCUAUUGUGUCUUUUGGGUUUUUUUUUUGUCUUCUCCACUGUCUGCCAACUUAGACUGGCUGAACACCUCAUUUGUGACCUUUUGCAUAAUUGUUAUGGAUUGAGCUAAGUGAAGGGUGUCUUUUUGCAGGGUGGGUUGUAGGUGCCAGUUAUUCACCUGUUUGUAAUGGUUACCCAUGGUAUUGGGCAUUAACCUGUGAACAUGUUUCUUGUUCCAUGGGGAAAUAUGUACAGAAGUUUACAGCAUCUUCAGAAAAGGGUUAUCACUGUUUCUUCCUUUCAAGAUAUAUUUCUGCUUUGGUUGAUUUUUGUUUUCAUUUAUUUGUACGAAGUUCAUGAGCAAAUACUUGUCAGGUGUUGUAGGUAUAUCUUCACCCAAUGCUCAAAAAUAUAAUACCAUCAGAAGACAA